CUGGCCAAGCAUUCACACCGGAAGUCCACCGUCGAUCAGCUGCCUAACAGUACUGUAUCUUUAAUAGAAGCUUCCUCCAUCUUACAGACCUUACUAACGGUCACCUGUCCACAUCUCCCGGCUGCAUGGCGCCUGUUACUGAGGCUAAGCAAAGUCCAACCCCGCGCAGUCGAAAGGCCCGUGUUUUGUGCCAACUUGCCAAGAAACAGGCUUUCAGUCAACUAGUUAAAUCAUGUGAACUUCACCCUGAUGACAGUCAACAGCUCACAUGUACAUCUCUAAUGAAGUGGAACUGUUGUGGGGAGACGUUUGACAACACAGCGGACAUCUGCCAGCAUGUUUCCCGUUACCAUGGUGACAAAGUGGAGGAGGAAGCUGCCAAAGUCAUCUCAUCUCAAAUUAGUGAUGUAAAAAAAGCCAAGAAGCCAAGGACUCCUGAUGUACUAUCAAUAGAAUCAACAGACUCAAAGAAAGAGAAUUCUACAAAAGUUAAUAAGACACAAGAGCCAGGAGAAGUUGCUUGGAUGCCAGAUGUUUCAAACAUGGAUUUAGGAGACCCUAAUGAUGAGAGGAAUGGUCUAGUGACUCUGUUUUAUAAGUACUGUCAGGUGGAGAGGCCAGAGGAGUUAGAAGUCUGGCAGAGAGACUUGUGUACGAGGCUAAAACUCACUGGAAAGGUGCGUGUGUCUGCUGAAGGUAUCAACGCUACCGUGGGAGGCUCCAGUCAGGCGGUGUACAGCUACAUCCAGGCUGUCAGGGCUCAUCCGCUCUUCUGUCACAUGACUUCACAGGAGUUCAAGUUGAGUCCAGGUAGUGCCACAUCUUUCCCAGGUGGAUUGAAGGUUGGAGUGUACCAAGAGCUGGUACCUAUGGGGGUGGACUCUUCCUGUGUCAGCUUUAGAGAAGCAGGAGUACAUCUCAGUGUUGAUGACUUCCAUGGGAUGUUGGAGCAACACUUGCAGAGAGAUGACAGAGACAGCACUGUGUUUGUGGACUGUAGGAACUUUUACGAGAGUAGAAUUGGCCACUUCCUCGGUGCUGUUGCUCCAGACAUUCGGAAGUUCAGCUACUGGCCAGAGUAUGUAGAUAAGAACACUCAGUUCUUCCAGGACAAAACUGUGGUCAUGUUCUGUACCGGAGGGAUCCGGUGUGAGAAGGGGUCUGCUUACCUCAAGUCAAAGGGAGUUUGUAAGGAUGUACUUCAGCUUGAGGGAGGCAUCCACAAGUACAUGGAGAAGUACCCCAAUGGAUACUUCAGGGGGAAGCUCUUCGUCUUUGACGAUCGCUAUGCCAUACCAGCCAACAGUGACAUCGUUGGAGAAUGUUUCUACUGUAAAGAAGCAUGGGACAAGUACCAGCCCUGCAGUAGUGCCCACUGCCACCAGCUGGUUCUGUCAUGUGACCGGUGCACUGCAGCUGGUUAUACCGCCUGCUGCAGGGAGUGUCAGCUGCAGGCAGCAAGGGACUCAGCACAGGGUGUCCGCUGUAGAGAGGAGUGUGCCUGCACAAAAGGACGACGCAGAAUCCCAGUGGAAGUUUGACUCAAAAUUCUGUAGAUAAUUGGAAAUGGCUGCAAAAUACCUUUUAGCCAAAAGUAAAUACAUCCAAGUACCACAGAUGGCUUGGAAAUCAGACAGACACUUGGAAUAAGGGAUUUUAAACAAAAUUGUUCAGUAAAUUUGUAAUUCUUGUACUUGAAUUGUAAAUUUCCUAUUGUAAAGAGCAAUACACACCAAGACACAUACUACCAGUACAUUUUUUGUAUAAUGCAAUUUGGUGACAUGUAUUUCUGUAUCAAUGCUAACUCUACUACUAUUGAUAUAUACUCUAGCUUGUAUGAAAUUUUCAAGCAAUGUUUCAGAGUUAAGACACCUGUGGUUGUAUUUUACAACCUGCAAAAUAUAAAAAAAUGUAUUACAUGCAAUGUAUGGCAAUACAACAUAUUCAAAAGUU